UUCUCUCUCUCUCUCUUUUAUUUUUCCUUCCUGCAAUGCGUUGACCUUGCUCUCCUUCUGUAUCUGGGUCCAUUCGUUCAUUGCAGGACCAGCUCCUGUCCAUUAUUAAUUGGCGCCUUAAUUGAAGCCACCCCAGCAGUUUCCAUGAGGUUAGUCCAGAGCUGACUUCUCCAGAGCAGGCUGUCUGGUUUUAAUCAAAACCAAAUGAAAGUCCACGCUCCCAGCUCGGAGCCGCUCCUUCCUUCAGAGGAAGUCAUUUGGAGGAGGCACAAGCAAGCCGGAGGAGAAAGAUAGAUGAGCCCGUCCCCAAAAGGGGUUCUGGGCACCAACGGGGGGCAGCUGCUGGGGCAGAAAUUGGACCAGGCCCUCCCUGAAGCCCCCAGGACAGUCCAGUCAUCAGGACUUCAUUUGUCAACAAAAUCUACCUACACUCAGGAUGAUGGGAUCGCCUCCUUUUCCUCAGAUGAAGGGGUGCGAUUCAAAUGGCCCCCCCACCGAAGAUGUGGAAAUGAUGAGAACUUCUCUGCUCCUCUUCUGAUGCUUUUGAUGACUUAAUCCCAUCUCCUCAGGUGCCCCUUGGAUUAGAAAAAUCCAGGGUCCCCUGUUGGACUGCAAGGACAUGUCUGUGGCCGUCAGGAAGCGGAGCUGGGAAGAGCACGUCACUCAGCGGAUGGGAUUGCUCCUUCAUCCGGAUGCUCCGAUCCCAACAUGCCACCAUGGACUGGUAGCUGAUAGCUUGCAUACAAGCAUGGAAAAAGAAGGGGCUCUGCCUGGGGGCCACCACCAAAGGUGGGCAUCCCUGCCAGAUUGCUGCCAGGCCUCCGAGCUGUCCAGCUGCCCUGAGAAGCUCCUAGGAAAUGUUUCAAGGGAACUGGAUGGAAAUGACACUUGUGACGGGGAAGAAGGCCUCCUUUCCCUGGAAGCCAGCACAGAAACUCUGGUCCAUGUAUCUGAUGAAGAGAGUAAUCCAGAGAUGAAUUUGAGUGCUGUGAACCACUGGCCAAGCAGAGAUAAAGAAACAGCAGGUCAAUGGAGGCUGAAUGGAACAGGUACUUUUGUAAAGACGCCACCAGGUCCUGAGGAAGAUCAGGAGUUGCCUGUCUCUUUGGGGGCCUUGGAGAUAGCCAGUGAACCUAAUCAUGAGUCUAGUCUUACGGAGGAGAGUAAAAAGAAUUGGGACCCUAACAGGGACAACCAAGAGCUUGGCAGUGAUCUCAGGAUAAGUCAAGUCAGAGAGGCACCCAAAGCAGAUUUCUCAGAAUCUCUGAGUGCAAAUGAAAUUCUGCCUGAGAAACAGUUGCUCCAUUCUGCUGUGAUUGCUCAGCAACGGAGGAAAUGUGCUGACACCAUCAAAGAUAGGAAUGAGAGGCGUACUGGUGAGUCCCUACAGGAUGGGUUCUCUGCCUCUCACUGUGCCGAGAAGACACAACUACAAUCAGAAGAUUCUGAAAGCUGCUUUGGGGAGUCUCCCUGUUGUCUCCACUCUCUGGAUAAAAGUGACAUCACACACUUGCACAGUGACCCUCAAAACAAACAUCCCUCUGAUGCUGGCUCCAGAGAGGGUGUGCCCUCGGAACAUGAAACGCUUCCCAUGACCACUGGGGAAUUGUGUGGUGGGCAAGUCACUCUUCGAGAAAAAAAGGAAGGGAGAGAAGAUCGAGGGAGAGGACGACUUGACUCCAUGGCACUGCUCAUCAUGAAACUGGACCAGUUGGAUCGAGACAUUGAGAAUGCCCUCAGUACCAGUCCCUCUCCUGCCAACCCCCAAGUGCACCAGCAGAAAACUAUUCCCGAUCAGGAGUCAAAAGAUGAGGGUGGAGAGAAUGACAGGCCAAUAAAUCAGAACCAGGUGGAUUUACCACCAAACCUGGAGGCAGUUGCCCUGGGAGCUGGUCCAGCCUCUGUGUCCCCAGCCAGCUCUGCAACCAAACCAAAAGUAUCGGUGAGUUACAAAGGAUAGAAAUUAUAAUUUUCUGCCUUGUCUUUAAAACAUGUGAUUAUCAAUGAACACUAGAACUGACUUGUAUGAUCAAAAUACCUUAGAACAUGCACUCAAAAUGCAUAGCAAAGCCCAAGUAUCCCAGGGAUGCCCCUCCAAAGUCAUCAUAAGGCCUGAUAUCCACUUGGGGUUGGUUGAUGUAUGUCAUUGACAGGAAGAGAAAUAAUACCUUGCUUUCCCUUCAGGAGAAGGGCUUUGUCAAUCUAAGGAUAAAUGUCAACUGAAUUUCCCAAUCAACCAUUCACAGAUUUGGGUCAUUGGGAAGGAUGGUGAAAAGAUGGAAAUCACUAGAUUUUUGUCUCAUAGUCAGAGGACAUUUUUCAGUCACAAUGGUGCUUUCUCCUCCUUAGAGCAUAUCUGCUUUCUAAUUAGGAGCAAAUGCAAUAUGGAAGUCCUAAGAUGUUUCAUCUCAAGGAGUCACAGUUCAAUGGGCAAAAUCCUCAGUUAAAAACCAGGCCUGAUGGGCUGUACAAAACAUUGGUUUUUAAUAACUUUUAGAUGGUGAAAUGAUGACACUACCUAGGAACAUGACCUACCCCAUUAAAAGCCUACGCUCUCCAUCCCAAAACAAAUUUUCUAGCUAAGAUGAGUAUUUUAAGGGAAAUAAUAAUAAUUCUUUUAGAACUCUUACCUCUAUUGAAAUGGACUAUACAAAAAAAGAAUUUGAGAAAAGUGAAUUAAAAAAUAAGCACACCUGAAAUCCACAAAAUCCAAAAGUUUAUCAUUGACUUCACAGACAAAAGAUACAUCCCUCUUCUUACUAGCCAUUUUUUCUAUCCAAAAUAUGGACUUCUUGGUCAUACCCUAAAUUAUUCUCACUUCUACAUCUUAUGAUGGCUUUGUUUUCUAUAGUCAUGGCAAGAAUUCCUUCCUACUAUGUUAAUCUUUGAUAUACACCUUUGAUAUAGCCCGUGAAAUGAUUGUUCUUUGGGUUAGAUUUUCCCUUGAUUUCCUUUGAUUUCAUACAAAUUUUCCCAUGUUUCUCUGAAUUCUUCAUAGUC